GCAUCAUCCUGAUUAUAAUAUUGGCAUUCUAUUUGUAACAUGCCAAGUUAUAAUAUGUUUCAUUACUCACUGUUUAAUACAAUGUUGUUUAAAAGUUUUAUGUUAAUUUGUUUCACAAUUGCUAUAAUUUAUUUUUUCUGCAAUUGGUGUCAGAAGAUAUUUUUUAUUAAAAGAUUAAAUUUACCAGAAUCAAAAGCGAUGCCACUUCUGGGUACUUCUUAUAUAUUUCUUUACGGAAUAUUUGGAGGUGUUUUGAACGUCGUAAAUAAAAUGGCAGAAAAUCCAUCGCCGUUUAAAUUGCAUUUGGCUCAUAAUGUAUUAAUUGGAAUCUAUGAACCAGAUCAAGUAAAAAUUGUCUUACGUAGUAAAAAUUGUUUAGACAAGAGUAUAAUAUAUAAAUAUGCUGAACCAUUAUUUGGUACAGGAUUAUUGACAGCUCCUGUACACAUAUGGACGCGAUCUCGAAGAAUGAUAGCACCAAUCUUUAAUGCAUACAUGUUGAAACAAUUUUUUGAAGUAUUUGUUAAAGAAGCUUUAGUACUUAAUGAAGAAUUAGAGCAAAUUGCGCAAAAUAACAAUAAAAUUGUCUUUCUUAAAUAUGUAACAAAAUGUGUUUUAAAAAUUACAUGUGAUACUAUGGACAUUAAGAUGGAAACAAAUAUUUUUCAUCAGUUUAUGAAAGCAAUAAAAAGAUUAAAGGAAAUUGCAAGAUAUCGAUUCUGGAAAAUAUAUUUACAUCCUAACAUUAUAUUUAAUCUCACUGCUAUGGGACGCGAACAAAAAAAGAUUUUAAAUUUUAUGCAAGCUGUUGUCGAUAAGAUGAUACAACAACGGAUAAAUCAUUCAAAUACAGUCAAGUACAAUGAUAAUACUACCGAUUGUAGCUCUCUCGACAUGCUGAUAGCAUCAUGUCAUAUUGAAAAAUUUACGAGAAAGGAAAUUUGCGAUAAUAUUAUAACGCUUAUAAUAGUUGGUAAUGACUCAAUUACUUUUACAACUCAUCUUGUGGUUUUUAUGUUGGCAAAUUUUCCAGAAAUACAGGAAAAAGUGUAUAAAGAAAUGUUGGAUAUUUAUGGCAUGGAAACUCCAAAUACUACUCCAGUGAAAUACGAUGAUAUACAACGUAUGCAUUAUUUGGAUUGCGUUAUUAAGGAAACUUUGAGAAUUUUCCCUACUGUUCCUCUAAUUGGACGGAAAUUAAUGGAAGACUUAAAAAUAGGAGAUCAUAUUUUGCCAAAAGGGACAGAUGUUGUUAUACCAAUUAUACACUUACAUCGAAACAAAAAAUAUUGGCCAAACCCUUUAACAUUUAAUCCAGAUAGAUUUCUUCCAGACAAAAUAAAGGAUCGUCCCUCAUAUUACUAUAUACCUUUUAGUGAUGGUCCAAGAAAUUGUAUAGGUAUAAACUACGGGAUGAUUGUUAUAAAAGUUAUUCUAGCUACUUUGGUACGAGCAUUUAUAUUCAAGGUAGAUAAAAGUAUAGAUAUAAAAGAUAUACAGUUAAAUACAUAUAUAAUAUUAUCUACAAUUAAACCUUUAGAGGUUAAAAUAGAAAAACGGAAUCUACAACAAAAUAGCGUAAAAAUAUGUUAAACGCAAUAUAUAACAUAUAAAAUUUUCUGUAUAAUUUUUCGUUUUUAUCAGAUAUAUUGAAGCAUAGAGAUUGCAGUUUUAAAAUAGAUUUAUUAUAGCUAAAUUAGAUUAAAAUUGUGCAGAUUAUAACGGAUUAUUCUCUAAUCCGAUUAUUCUCUAAUCGCAUAUGUAUAACAAUUUGUUUCAAAUAUGUGAGAAUCCGUUACCAAAGACGAAUACAAAACCAUAUACAUUUAAGCUCGAAACUCAAAUUCUCUUUCAAAUAAUUUACGUACAAAUCUCUUUAUAAUAAUAAUUAUAAAUUUAAACUAUUCUCACUAAUAAGUGACUUGAUAUUGUUUUUAUUUUUUAUUAGUGUAAUAAAUAGAGGUCGGAUAAAAUAUACUAGAUACAUUUACUAAAAAUAGUUUAUUAAAUUUAUUAUUAUUAUAAUCAGAAUUAUUUUGUUUCAUUUUGUUUCAAGCUUUUUAAGUUCAUAAAUCCAGUUUUAUCUAACAUCUUAGUAAUAUAGAAAGGUUACAUACAUAUUAUAUUAUACAUACAUUAUAUUAUAUAUUAGUAAUAAUGUUGUUAUUCUUCUCUUGUGUGUGUACUAAUUCUGGGAAAAAUAAUAAGAUAUUAAUAAAAAUUAA